AUGCAGGAUAAAAUAAAUUCAAAAGAGGAUAUAUCUUCGAGUUCUUCCUGUGAAGAGAAUGAUGAAAAUAAAAAUAUAUUAAAUCCUCCCAAUAGAACAAAAAUGAGUAAGGGAGAAAGAAGAGCUCGAAAAAUGCUUGUAAAACUUGGUUUAAAGGCAGUACCAAAUGCUCAUAAAGUUAUCAUAAAGAAAUCUCAAAAGAUGGUUUUCGCUGUUUCUAAUGUUGAAGUUUAUAAAAUUGAAGGAACUGACUCUUAUGUAAUAUUUGGAGAUGCAAAAACUGAUGACUUAACGAAUUCAAUUAACAACUUUAUGCCAGAAAACCUACCAAAAGAACCUGAGAUUCCUGUUGAAUCCGAAGUAAAUUUUGAAUCAACCGAAAAAAAAGAAGAAAAAGUCAAAGAUUUAGAUGAAGAAAAAUUUGAUGAUGUUUCAAUGGAUGAUGUAGAGUUAAUUAUGUCACAAACAAAAUGUAGCAGAGAUAGUGCAAUUAAAGCUUUAAGAAAAAACAACAAUGAUCUAGUUCAGUCAAUAAUGGAAUUGAGUGGUUAA